CACUUUUUUAGAAGUCACGUCAGUUAGGAAGAGGAGCUCGAUCCACCUGAUGAUCCUAGGCUCAGUCCGCUCCACAUGACUUACCAAGGGACGGCAAAUUAAUCUACCUCUUACAUUAAACACAUCUAGAGCGCGUUUUAUAUUGCUCGGAAAUCGACCUUUUUGGAACUCGUGAAUAUUUUACAGAACAAUAAAGUAACGAAAUAGUUCAUUAUCAAGCCUAAAAUAUUGCACUACGUUUGAUUGUUUUUUUGUUUGUUUGUUUGUUUUUUCGCCGUAUUAAUAUUAGCUUAUAUUUUUGCACUUGAGCAUUUUUGUGAGGAUGCAUACCACCCAAAAGGACACCACGUAUACCAAGAUAUUUGUCGGUGGUCUUCCGUACCAUACAACGGAUUCCAGUCUAAGGAAAUACUUUGAAGUGUUUGGGGAAAUUGAGGAGGCUGUGGUGAUUACCGACAGGCAGACUGGAAAGUCCAGGGGUUAUGGAUUUGUGACCAUGGCAGACCGCUCUGCCGCAGACAGAGCUUGUAAGGACCCCAACCCCAUCAUUGAUGGCAGGAAGGCCAAUGUUAACCUGGCUUAUCUGGGAGCCAAGCCACGGGUGAUGCAGCCAGGUUUUACCUUUGGUGUCCCUCAGAUUCACCCAGCUUUCAUCCAAAGACCAUAUGGGAUCCCCACUCACUACGUGUACCCACAAGCCUUCAUGCAGCCCAGCGUGGUCAUCCCCCACAUCCAGCCAACUGCGGCCUCCGCCACCGCAUCCUCGCCUUACAUCGACUACACGGGCGCAGCAUACGCUCAGUACGCCAGCGCAGCAACUGCUGCGGCCGCCGCAGCCUACGAGCAGUAUCCGUACGCGGCCUCUCCUGCCGCAGCUGGCUACGUAGCUACCACCGGCUAUGGCUACGCCAUGCAGCAGCCUCUGGCCACCGCUGCACCAGGAUCUGCAGCCGCAGCCGCUGCAGCCUUCGGUCAGUACCAGCCCCAGCAGCUGCAAGCUGAACGGAUGCAAUAGCAACCAAUGAGGCGAACGGGAGAUGUGCGGGGGGGUUGACACCCAGCGACUGCUACUAGAUGAUGAAGAUGUAGAGAAUGAUGAAGAAAAUAGGUGCUGGUUGUGGGUUGAUUGCAAGAGGAAGACGGGGAGAAUACGGGAGGGGAAUAGUAAUUGGUAGAGAUUAUUAGUGAGAUGGGAACUCCAUUGCUUUCCAACUUGCUGUGAUUAAAACCAGAACAAAGAAAAAAAAACAAAAAGUUUGCAUAAAAAGAUGGAAUCUAGCUUUAUAUUAUGAUCAUUAUCAAUAUCAAUAUUAUUGUUAUCUUUAUUACUAUAAUUAAUAUUAGAGUAGAAUAUUUAUUGGGAAAGGAGGAGUGCAGUGACUAAUCACUGUGGUAUAGGCGCGUUGUAGACGAAACCUUUAGUCCCGAUGCUGUCAUUAAUGUAGGCGUCCGUUUUUUCGAAGGACACUUGGAAAUGUCCCACAGUGUUUUGAUUCAAAGGCCCCUUUACCUUUAUAUUUAUUCUCAUUUUUUUGAAGGGCUCUUUUUGUUCUGUCUUCUCAAGUGCAUUUUUUUUUUUUUUUUUUUUUUUUUUUUUAUCAUCAGGGAAAUGGAGCAUUUUUCAGCGAAUUAGAAAAGACAAACUCUACCAAUCAGGGAUAAGUAGACCUAACUGUGGCAAAAUGGAGAGCGAUCCAGUGUUAGCAUGUUUUAUGUGUUCUGAACUACCUUUUUAUCUAUCUGAUGCUGAAUGUCCUCCUUUCUCCUGUCUGACUCCUGUCUUGACCUCUUGACCUAUGCAAAGCAAACAUGGGGACAAAACAAAGUGCAGGAAAAGGAGCGAUUUUCUCUUGCUCCCCCAAAAAGGGCAUCGAACAAUUUGAAGGCACAAAAGACGAUAAGACUGCAAUGUAUUGUAUUAUAUGCUUAUAAACACACAUGGAAUAACACAUACACAGUUACACACAGAUUUAAGUGUAAACGUGUCUGUCUUGGGUUGAGGAAAGCUGCAUAAACACAUACAAAGAAAAAAAAAUGACUACGUUGGGAAAAUGACUUGGGGGGGAAAAUGCUCAGUGUUAGAAACUAGUACUAGAAUCAGAGAGCAACAGCUGUGUUGAAAGAAACGUGCACUGAUACACACACAAACACACACACGGAGUGCUCUGGAAAGAUCACUGGUGCUCGUCUGUUGAGCUUUCACGGUUUAAUCCCUGGACCCAUUUUGGAGCAGGUCCUGCUAUGGCUCUGUCAACAGUCCCUAUCCUCUUCCUAGAGAUGUUUUGGGCACUUGAGCAAAGACCACCUGUACAUCUUCCCAGUAUCUCCCAAUGUCCUCUUCUAUGGAUCUCUCUCAUGAGUGACUCCUCGCUGGAUCAACACGAGGAACCGUGAUAAGAGAGGGGGGUUAACUGAAGCUUUUCACCUUAUACAAAUGGACCGCUAUCAGUCAACACCAAUGAUAAACGAUCUCUGAUCUUUAUAUGUUCAGUAAGAACUAUGUCUGAGCACCAGCACACAUUUACAAGGUCUACGUAUUUCAAUGAGCAACUCUUUACAAAACAGCACUAAAGCGAAAAGGAUCCCAGUCUGUGCAUACAAGGGUUCUUUGUGUGCCUUACAUUUGUAAUGCUAUUUAAAGAGAAAAAAGACGUGCUAUUUAAGAUAUUUAUUUUGAGUUGACUUAUGUUGCGCUCUAAGAUCGCAGACUUAGAAGCGGUACUGUAUGGAUAUAAUGUAUUCAUCUCAUGGCAUAUUAUUAUUAUAAGUUAUUGAGGAGGCUUAGUUGUAGUAUUAUUAACAUACUCAACCAAAAAUGUUGGUGUAGGACUUAUUUAAGAUACAAUUCUGUAUGUGUACUGUACAAUUCUUUUUUUUCCUCCAUACCUUUUGGAAUUUUAGAACAUGACAUUAAAUAUUGGCUAGUUAAAUGCCUAUUGACAUUUAUUUUAUUGCAGGCCGGUUACUCCAGGCAUGUUAUCUCCAUUUGUCAUAUCUAAAACUGUUUAAAAGACUUUAUAAAAAAAAAAAGAAAAAGAAAACCUGGCAAAACAAUAAGGGACAUGCUGCUUCAUACACUAGAAUGUAUUGUCAAUGUCAAGGAUGGAUGCUGUGCUUAUAUUGCUUUAUGCAUCAGAUGGGCUAUUUUACACUGUUGAGAAUUUUUAUACUUGAACUCUUUCUUACAAGGGAAAUCUUAAAAAAAAAAAAAAAAAAAAAUACAACAGAAAAAACCAAGGAAAUUUUGCAUUUUCACUGGAUUUGGGCAUAUAAAGUGUUAUUGACAAUUUAAAUACAAACGUUCUGUAGGUAUUUAAGACUUAUUUCAGAUUUUCAACACUAUUUAUUCGUAAUGGAAAUAAAAGGUUCUAUAUUUAAACCUCAA